CCCUUUAUCAACGCUUCCUUAUUUCUGUUACUACAACACUAACGCCAACAAACUACAGCAACAUUCUCGUCCAUUUUUUUAUUGUAUCCGUUUUCAAAUAAGGAGACAUCUGUGCCUGUCAUUGUUGUGAGAUGUCGUUAGUGAGGAUGAAUCGUCCUUUAUAUGGUUCGGGUAAAAGACCCGUGCGAACUAAGAAGGUGUCUGCAUCCAAGAAUGAAUGGGUGAGCACAGUGAAUGACCUUUCAGUGCAUAAAGCCACACCAGAGGAACUGGCCAAGCGUCAUGAAAUGCACCGGUCUCAGAACAAAGUCGUGGCACAGUGGGAAUUAAGAGAAAAGGCUUUAACACGCAGACGGAGAAAGAAUCAGCCCCCUAGCCCUCCAGGACUUGACAAAGCCAGACUCAAAAUCAUCAGAGAGGUGUUUUCAGAUCAUUGCCAGUUGCAGGAUGCAAUUGCACGGUCAGACAGAGCCUUGGCUGUGGUGAAAGACCUGUUUGGUGAUGCACCCCGCCGACGUACAGGGUUUCCCACCAUUACAAUGGCACCUGAUUGCAACUCUGACUCUGAACUUCCUGUUCUUCAAAGACCUGAUCCUCCAACGCAGCUCUCAUUGCUCUCCCAGACGAUGAUGGAUCCACAGGCCUUGAAUGAACUGGAAGAGUGCGAAGAGGAACAUGAUGAAGAUGUUCAGGAUACCUCAGUGCACCUCAGAUCUGCCACUGACACACAAUGGAGGAGAAAUAAAUGCAGGUCAAAGUCAUUCCCAUGGGGCUCAGACAAUCUGGAGCAAGAGCUACCAGAGACACCUCAUAAUACUGGGAUCCCAGAAGAUCAGGAAGCCCUCAAUGCCACAAUGGCUGUACAACAACUGUCCAGACAGAUUCAGCCUGACACAAUCCAGUCUACAUCGCUAGUCAGUCAGGUUCUCAACCCUGGGCCUGCUUUAUCUCAACCAGGUGGGGCUCUGCUAUCAACAGUUAAAGCUGGUACUAAGAGCAGGUCAGCUCAAGUCAGUAAAGGGUGCUUAGCAAAUACCUUUGGUUUGAAUGGUUCAGGGUUGAGUUCUCUGGCUGGGAACCAGUCCAGUAUGGAGCUUCUGCAGAGCAUGCUGGAAGAGGUGGAGGCAGAGCUGGACUCUUUGGAGCCUCAAAAGCUGCUAAGCUCUGAUGGUAGAUCUCAGCAACAGAGACAGGGCCUCACAGGCUUCUCCAUGGCUCUAGUGGCCACGCUUGGACGUCUUGCCAGUCAUAUCAGAAAAAAAGAAGAGGAGACUCAGAGGGAGGUACAGGAGAGAAGGAAGCUAGAGGAGGAGAUGAAAGAGCAGAAGGCUUUAAUUGAUGCCCUGACUGCAGAAUCACUCACAAUGAGAGAGGAGAGCGCUGCCUUGCAGGCAAGGCUGCAGCAGCAGAUUGCUGAACUGGAGCAGCGUCUGGAUACUGUACUACUGGUUCUGGGUGGACCGGAUUCUACAGACUCAAAGACAGCAGUUCAAAUUUCAGACAACACGGCCCAAAAAGGCAGCUAUCAUGAAUCUGGUGGUACUGAAAAAGAUCUUCAGCAACAUAACUUUGUUUCUCCAGCUGUGCUGCUCUCUCCUCCUCGCCAAAGAGAUGGCCUACCUCCUAAAGUGUGUUGUGCACAUUCACACGCACCCCCGCUGCACUAUAAUGGCUCCUACACAGCAACAGGAAGUCAGGGUUCACUGGAAGACUUUGACAUCCCCUGCUCUCCUUCCUCCUUCGCCAGCCUACCAUGCCCCACUCAUCUGCUGGACGAUUUUUCCCAGGAUGCCAUGCUAGGGGAGAUUGCAGAAUUAGCACGUCAGAAUGCAGCGAUACGGGACCAGUUGGGGCAGCAACGUCCCUCUCCAGCAGGAGCUUCAGUGUCGAGGGAGCAGAGUGCAGACCGACUGUCCACAACCAGUUCUAUAUUUAGACAAGCAUCACCCUCUACAGAGCCACAGAACAGACAGCAGUCUGUUUGUGUAGCAAGAUCUUCAACUACAGAAAUAGAACAACAACUGCAUGAGUUAAACCGACAAAGUGCUGAAGCUAGAGCUAAACUACUAGAGCUUAUUGAACAACAGAAACGGAACACCUCACUCAGAGUUUCCCCUGCUAUUUCUCCAGUAACUCCUCAUUCCAUCAGCACUCGUACAGCUGUUAGAGGGUUAACUCCAGAGACGUUUUUGACACUUCCUGAGAGAAUCCAUUCACCACAACCUUCUGCAAGUAGCAAAAGCUCAACAACACUUCCAUUCCCAGGUCAGCUGGAAGAGUUUUAUCUCAAAAUCUAGACAGUGCUGAAAUCCAGAGCAUUCAGAAUCAAGCGUACAAGCUGAAAAGAGAGGGCUGGUUUGCAUUGUCUGCUCAUGUCAAAUAAAUUGAGCUCAACAGAGGGAUAUCUUCUAUGCAUGGCAUUACAUUUACAUGCACAAUAGCUUUACAAAUACAUCUCCAGCUAAGUCUUAUUCACAGCAUGCAGCUUAUGUCUCUCUGAUGUCCAGGUUAUGAGAAUUGCUGCAUACCUUUGUAAAGCCCAUGUUGAGAAUGUGACUGUCACUGGGGCUGUUGACUCACAGGAACUAAAUUUGCAAACUUGCAAACACAAGAAACCACUAAAAAUCAGUUGUUGGCAUGGCCAGAUAUUUAACAGUAAUAUUACGUGUCUCUUCAGUCUUGUUUUGGACAUUUUUUCUUAUUACAGUAUUGUACAUGGAAUAUGGAAUUCAUAUGAAGAACAUAUUAGUGUGCAUGUAUGUUGAAUUAGUGUACACUGUUUAAAUGUAAUUUUUUUGUAUUACUUUAAAAAGUCCAGAAAAACGCAAUAAAUCUAAGAUUUUAUCUAAAA